CUCGACACCACGGCAGUGAUAUUGAAGCACAGAUUUUAUCGAGGAUUCCUUUAAAACUCAGCAGCAUGAGCACAAAAGAGAAGAUUUGCUUUCCUUCCGAAAAUAAACAAGGAGCCUGUCCCGGAGUGCUCACUGGGGAUGUAAGUAAAUCAACGAUGGGUCUUGUUGUCGUGCAGGAAUGGUGGGGGAUGAAUGACAUCAUAAUUGACGAAGCUGCAGACAUCUCUGGAAGAGGCAACUUGGUAACUCUAGUGCCCGAUCUUUAUCGAGGGAAGGUAGCAACCGAUCAUGAAACAGCCGGACAUUACAUGUCUGAUCUGGACUGGCCUGGAGCGGUGCAAGAUAUCGCUGGAGCUGCCAAAUUUUUGAAAGAAAAAGGUUGUAAGAAAGUGGGUGUGACAGGCUUCUGCAUGGGUGGGGCUCUGUCUCUGGCAGCUGCAGCACUGAUUCCUGAAGAGAUUGCAGCAGCAGCUCCUUUCUAUGGCAUCCCCAGUGCAAAGCUGUGUGAUUUGGGGACAAUCAAGAUACCUUUGCAAGCUCAUUUUGGGAGUAAGGAUAAUCUUGAGGGGUUCUCAUCACCAAAAGAUGUCAAAGCUUUAACAGAGAAGCUGGAUGCUGGAGGAGUGAAGUAUGAGCUUCAUAUGUAUGACACUGGCCAUGCUUUCACCAACCCAACCAACCCAAAUUACACUAAAGAAAUUUGUGAUUUGGCUCUUGGAAGGAUGAUAGAUUUUAUGAAAAAGCACUUGGCAUAAACCUUGUUUUCUAAACUUUACGUGAGAGCUCUAUGUCACAAAGAUUAGGAUAGUUUUUUUAAAAGAUGUUGUUAACAAAGAUUUGAAAACAUCUUGUUAACUGGACAUUAAAACAUAAAUGGAGUUUUACAACAAAAAGCUGGUGUAAAAGUUGCGAUGCAUUAGAAUCUCUCUGUAUCAUCCAAAUUACAACCCCAUUUUAGGUGAGGUGAUAUGGUUAAGGGUUAUAAGGGUGUGACCUAGCUCUCUCCCUGAGGAUGAGGCCUAGAGGAAAGCUGC